AUGCAAGCACCAGUUGUAUAUUUAAACACAUCUACUACCAGACAACAGGGAAGACAGGCACAAGUUGCCAACAUUACAGCCGCAAAAGCUGUUGCAGAUAUCAUUAGAACCUGUUUGGGACCAAAGGCAAUGUUAAAAAUGUUGUUGGAUCCUAUGGGUGGUAUUGUUUUAACUAAUGAUGGUCAUGCUAUCUUGAGAGAAAUUGACGUUUCUCAUCCAGCUGCCAAGUCUAUGAUUGAAUUGUCUAGAACUCAAGAUGAAGAAGUCGGAGAUGGUACUACCACCGUCAUCAUAUUGGCCGGUGAAAUUUUAGCUCAAACUUUCCCAUAUAUUGAAAAAAAUAUUCACCCAGUUAUAAUUAUAAAAGCCUUGAAAGAAGCCUUGAAGGAUGCCUUGGACAUUAUUCACGAAGUUUCCACCCCAGUUGAUAUUAAUAAUGACGAAGCUAUGUUGAAGUUGAUCAAAGCUUCCAUUGGUACCAAAUAUGUCAACAACUGGUCCACCAAGAUGUGUGAAUUAUCCUUGAAAGCAGUUAGAACCGUAAUGAUCCAAAAGGGUGACUAUAAAGAGAUUGAUGUGAAACGAUAUGUUCGUAUUGAAAAGAUCCCUGGUGGUGAAGUUACCGACAGUGAGGUUUUGGAUGGUAUUUUAUUGAACAAGGAUGUUGUUCAUCCUAAGAUGAAGAGAUUUAUUGAAAAUCCACGUAUUAUAUUAUUAGAUUGUCCUUUGGAAUACAAAAAGGGUGAAUCCCAAACAAAUAUAGAAAUUACCAAGGAAGAAGACUGGAAUAGAAUAUUACAAAUUGAAGAAGAACAAGUUAAAUUAAUGUGUGAUCAAAUUUUAGAGUUCAAACCAGAUUUGGUUAUUACUGAAAAGGGUGUCAGUGAUUUGGCUCAACAUUAUUUAUUGAAGGGUGGAUGUGCUGCUUUAAGAAGAGUAAAGAAAUCAGAUAAUAAUAGAAUUGCCAGAGCAACUGGUGCCACAAUCGUUAACAGAGUUGAAGAUUUGAAAGAAUCCGAUAUUGGUACCAAAUGUGGUGAAUUCAAGGUUGAGUUAAUUGGUGACGAAUAUUUCACAUACUUGGUUAAAUGUGAAAACCCACAAGCUUGUACAGUUGUCUUGAGAGGAGCUUCCAAGGAUAUUCUUAAUGAAAUUGAAAGAAACUUGCACGAUGCCAUGGCAGUUACUAGAAACGUAAUGUUUGAACCUUCUUUGUCUCCAGGUGGUGGUGCCACUGAAAUGGCUUGUAGUGUUAGAUUAUCUGAAAAGGCAAAGACCAUUGAAGGAAUUGAACAAUACCCAUACCAAGCUGUUGCCGAUGCUUUCGAAGUUAUUCCAAGAACUUUGAUUCAAAACUGUGGUGGUAACCCAAUCAAGGUGUUGUCUCAAUUGAGAGCCAAACAUGCCCAAGGUAAUUACACAUAUGGUAUUGAUGGUGAAAAUGGUAAAGUUGUUGACAUGAAAGAUUAUGGUAUCUGGGAACCAGAGGUUAUUAAACAACAAUCAAUUAAGACAGCUAUUGAAAGUGCUUGUUUAUUAUUGAGAGUUGAUGAUAUUGUUAGUGGUGUACGUCAAAGUCAAUAG